GGGACACUAGGGGCGGGAGGAAAUGUGACUGUUUUCGAUAAAACUGGUCAGUCAAGCAAAACAACGAUUUCUAAGCGAUUUUAUGACUAUAAAAAAGUUGCAUAGGGUCUCUUUAAUUUACAGCUUUGGAGUCAUUGGAAUGUUUGUAUGACUUUUUCUGGGGUGAAUGGUGGUCAUUUCACUUCCCCCCAGCAUCUGUGAGUUGAAAAACCAGCCUUGCAACUUUGGUCCGCCAACUUAAAAGUUGCAACUUAAAAGUUGCAAAAAGUUGCAUCUCCUGUUAUAUGCCACACAGGCAUACAUAAUAGUAAUUAUUUAAGAUUAGCCUAGAUUGCUGCAACAUUUCUCUGUUUGUUGCCAGAUGCAUCACCAUAUUUGGCUAUACUGUAGCCUACAUUGACACUGUCAAUGGUUAGUGCCUGUCUGCAAUGAUAGCUGUGGCUUGAACAAAGAAAAUGUUCAGUUAUCAUUCGAAGUCUUACAGGUUCAGGCGCCAUCAUGCUUUUGACAGUUUUUUCAAAUGAUUUGUGGUCUAUGUAACCUGCAUCACAAUUUUGCAGUGGUGCGCCGGGAAAGCAUUGGUUGAAGACCCAGUCAGUGACAAUUAUAACAUUAAAACAUAACUUUUUUAACUUUGAAAAGUAGAAGAAUGUAUUUCCUCAAGUCAAGUCAAGACAAGUUUAUUUCUAUAGCACGGUCACAGACGGCUGAGCCACACCAAAAUGCUUAGUAAAGUGAAAAAAGUGCAGAGAAUAAGUAAAAGGCACAAAACUAGAAAAAAAACAAACAUAAAUGGGUUCAGUGCACAGACAAAGACUGAAGGAGUUAAAUAUAAACAAAGGGAAAGACCAUUUUAAAACGUAACCCUAGGACACUAUGCACAUGUGCUUAAAAAAGGGAUUAAAAAUUAAAAGCAAGUGUAAAAAAGUGGGUUUUCAAGAGGGAUUUAAAGGGAAGGGGAGGCAGUUCCAGAGACUAGGGGCUGCAACUACAAAGGCUCUAUCCCCCUUUGUUUUUAGCCUGGUCCUGGGCACUUCCAGUAGUAGUUAGUGCUCUAGAGAGUAUGUGGUGAUGAAGGAGAUCAGAUGGGUACGUGGGGGCCAGACCAUGGAGGGAUUUGGCCUUUUGACCUCAUUAUUUGAUCUUAAAGGUCAAGUUCCAUGUCAAUGUUCCAUGGCAACCGAGUAAUUCUGAAACCACUGGCAUAGUUGCAAACAGAAAAAAGAAUUGUUUUAGCAGUUAGUAGAAUUGUGUUUUUAGAAAUGUUGUGCCCGAAUGUGCAUGUCCGGUGUUCUGAAUGGAUUCCAUUUCCCCCCAAAGGCCACCCCAUUGGAGGAGGAGAUAUGAGAUGAGCUGUGAACAGGAAGAGCAGUGAAAGGCCUCUUCAAGAUGAGUUUCCCUGAGGAACCACCAGGGAGAUCAACAGAACAAACCUGGGUAGAGGAGGAUGUGGGGAAACUUGACAGGUCAGAAAGGCCCCCUUCUCCUGCACCCAGUGUGAUGUCCAUGAAGAGUGAAUUGUCAAUGGAGGUUCCACGGAGAUUCAAAGGACAAAAGAAGGCCACAAAUGUGUCAGCUGAGCAGGUGCUGUGUGAUGUUUGCCCAAGUCUAGCGGUGAAGAGCUGCCUGACCUGCAAUGACUCCUACUGUGAGACCUGCAUCAGACCGCACUACUGUGAUCCAGACCUGCAGAGACACCAGCUGCAGGACCUCCAGCUACACGGGCAUGAUGCCACUGGGCAGGUGGGCACGGAUAGAGACCAGGAUCCCCAAGGAACACACCACAAGCCAUCCAUCAACAAAAAGGAUCUAACAGGGCGUCCAGAUGAUCUCCGGAUAGUGCUACUGGGGAAGACUGGAGUUGGGAAGAGCUCGACAGGAAACACCAUUUUAGGGAGAGAAGCGUUCAGCGCAGAGUCAUCUUUUCAAUCAGUUACUAGCACGUGUCAGAGAGAGGAAGUUAAAGUCAGUGGAAGACAGAUUACAGUGAUUGACACUCCAGGGUUGUUUGAUACUGAUCUUAGUAACGAGGGGCAAAAUCAGAGAGAAAUCUCUAACUGCAUCUCGCUGGUACUACCAGGUCCACAUGCAUUGCUCUUGCUGAUACCAGUGGGACGGUUCACUUCAGAGGAGCAACAGGCAGUAGAGUUCAUUCAAAGCACUUUUGGUGAAAACUCCAUAAAGUAUGCUAUAGUCCUCUUCACUAGAGGAGAUGAGCUGAAGAGAAAGUCCAUUGAACAGUUCUUAGAAGGAGCUGAAUCCAUCAAAAACAUCAUUAAACAAUGUGGUGAGAGAUACCAUGUGUUUAACAAUAAUGAGACCCGAGACCGUACUCAGGUCUCUAAUCUCCUGGAUAUGAUUGACUCCAUGGUCAAAGCGAAUGGAGGAGGUUAUUACACUAGUAGGAUAUUCCAGCAGAUUCAGCAAGAGGAAAUGGAGAGGCAGAUGAAGAGGGGAGAAGAGGAAUUGAGAAAAGAAAAUGCAGACCUUCAGGCCAAAUAUAAAGCAAAGAUAGAGAGAAUGAAGCAGAAAAUGGAACAAGAGAGAAAGAAUGCAGAUGAAGAGAAAAGAAGAAGAGAAGAAGAGUUCAGAGAAAGAGAGCAGCGAUUUAAAACAGAAAUGAAAGAGAAAGAAGAGCAGAAGGAAAAGAUGCAAAUAGAAAUGGAAAGAAAACGGGAGGAAUGGGAGAGACAGAAUCAAGAGGAAAGGAAGAAAAGAGAAAAAGAAGAGGAGAAAAGAGAGAAAGAGGAGCACAGUUGGAGUGAACGUUACGACAGACUUAGAAAAGACAUGGAGAAAAUACAGCAGGAGAAAGACAAAACAGAGAGAGAGAAAAAAGAUCUGGAAGACAAGUACAAAGCAGAGAUGGAGAGAAUUGAAGAAGAAAGACAAAAUGGUGAGGGAGAGGUGACAGAGACGGGUGGAGAGAAGCGGGGGGGUAAAUGCACGAUUCAAUGAAGGGGCCAAGUAUAGGCAGGCCAGAGUUUGCAUGCCAACUUAAUGCUAUUACACAAUACACAUGGCUGUAAGUAUGUAUUACUAUUAUUGGUGAUAUUAAUCACAGUGGAUCUUACACAAGAGACCACCACCACAGAGCUAAUGUGCUUAUGCCCUGUGAACUGAUUGCCUUAUCCAGCCAGUUUAUUCAGCUGUAUCCAGUUGUUGAUCCUUAAUAUUCUAUUUCAUCAAUCUGCCACAUGAUAAAGGGUACCAUGUCUAUUUCCUUUUUGUUAAUCUGGUCAAUGACCAGAGACCAUACUCUGGCUUCUACUCUCCUGGAUAAGAUCCACGACAUGAUGACAGUAAAUGGAACAAGUUAUGUGAGAGAAAUGGAGAGGAUUAAAGAGAGAGAGAGAGAGAGAGAGAGAAGGAAUUGAGAAAAGAAGGACAUGCAAAAAGGAAACAAAUCUUCAGGGAGUAAAGAGAGAAGAAAUGGAACAAGAAAGGAAGAAUGCAGAUGAAGAGCAGAGAAGGAAUGGGAUGAUGAAGAUAUGUAAGGGAUAAUCAACGACGCGCCGUGCGUUUAUAGGAAAAUAAUGCACGUUCGAAGUGGUAAUAAGGACCCGACGCCGCAGGCGGAGGGGACUUUACACUUCGAUAAGUGCAUUAUUUUCCUAUAAACGCACGGCGCGUCGUUGAUUAUCCCGCUUAUACCACUGCUACUAUCACUUUCGUUUAUAUUGCCGCUGUCUUAGAUGCAACGUUGUUGUUUUUACCAUUACAUUGACAUUGGCGAAUUAAUAUUCAAGUGUAAUAAGCCCACAAGUAGGGAACUACUUCAUAGCCGUGCGGUAUAUAGAAAAAUAAUGCACGUUCCAAACAGCGCAUCACAAUAGGAAAUUUGACCAAGCAGUGUUAUAAAAACUUGUAUUUAGCGCUCAUGUGAUAACAGGAGAGCUAAAUACAUAUAGUUUGGUUAGAUAUUGAAUUUGUGAUGUAGGCUUCUUGUGUAGCUUGGGUGUGUGUAUCUUUUUAGUGCAAAGAUCAAUAAAAUGGUCUAGAUUGGAAGAUAACAGAUUUCACGAGCAUUUUCAGUCAGUUACAUCACAUAUGUUACUGUAUUUCAGUGAGUCUCUAUAGUUCCAAUUUGAACAAUUUAUAUGAUUAUUUUGUUUAAAGUCAACUACAUAGGGUUAUUAAAUCUGUAGGCUGUUGUGUUGUGUGAAUCUGUCGCAUUGCAUCCUAAACUUCACUGAACACAUCAAACACACAUAUGUCAUUGAUGUAUAUAUGUUGUAUAUACUGUAUAUAAUUCUAAUCCCAUGUUAUCUUCAGUUGUUGUUCGUCCUAUUGUGAGGAAUCUUGUUUGUGCCCGUCUUGUGUAAUCAGUGUUGAUUGUGUUGUUGAUUAGCUGGGUUCAGCAUUCCUAUUCUGUUAUUGUGUCUGUUUAUUGUAACCAGUGUUGUGUUGAUUGUGUUUGUGAUUCCUAUGGGGUGUCCUACGAAACUCGAUAAGUGUCUUAGCAAGGUAUGUUGCGCUCAAAGCCAGGGUAUGCUGUCAUACGAAAGUGGAUUUGUUUUAGCGUCGCUGUAUCACCAUGGUAUCUUAUGCUUGCAACCAAACCUGGUCGGGAGCAGGUUAUGUCCUAACUUAUAGCUCAAAUCGUGGAAAAUCACCGCCCUCUGACUAAUCCUACUGACUACUGACCAAUCAAUUAUCUUGAAAACACAGUCAUCUCACGUGUGAGAAUCUAAUGGAGCAGCUCCGCCUCUUCAAACAUUUUGAAACUCGAAUGCGCUUUUGACUAUGUUGGGCAUGCAGAUAUAUCGCUACUAUGGAUAUGCAUACCAUACAAUAUCUGAUGACCAUCGAUUUUUUGAUGUUACAGGUUAGACACUAAAAAAGACCACCCUAAAUUUCGCUACCGCUCAUAAAUGCAUGAAAGUCUUGUGCAUCUCCACGUUUCCCGAUUGGUCAAAGUCACCCCAACCACGAGAACGCGCACAGAUCUGAGCUGACAAAUUUAUCACAUACCUGCUGUCGUAGGAUCACUUAACUUAAUACCCGAGUUAAGGCUUUGUGCAGCCUCGAUAUGUCUAGAUAGCCUUGAUAUGUCCCACUGGUCUGUCCUCUCGGCCCCACACCCCCUCCUGUGUCCCCUGUCUCCACUUACCUGAGAGAAUGGAGAUUUUAUAUGUAAAACACUGUAAUCAGUAAACUUGUAUUGAAAUGAGUUAGCUGCUGUUGCUUUUGCUUACUGACCUGUGACCUCAUGCUGGUAAGAAAUAAAAUACAUCAUUUUAAAGUUU